AUGAAUAGGGACAUCCCCAAGCAAUACGCCUUGAAUAAGCUUGCGGACCAUAAGCAGAGGCUGGAGGCGCGCAUGGACUUUGUGUACCAGGAGACGCUCAAGCACCUUGAGGGCGCACAAUGCACCUUCCAAGAAUGCCAAUACUUGGGCCAGGGUGCUGCGGCAGAGGUGAAAAGGGUUCUCUUCAACGACACCGAGAUGGCGCUGAAGGUGUAUGGCGACCUGCAAAAGGAUCGUGAAAGAGCUGACAGAGAAGUCGCUGCAUACGAACACCUGGUUCAGCUGCAGGGCAGAUACAUACCUCAGCUGAUAGCGCGUGGCUGUCUCGAACCAGCCAGCCAGAACCCGCGCCACUUCGUAGCACUGAGUGUUGUUGCGGGCCAACACAUUUCAUUGCCACUGUCACAGAACACUUCCGCUGCCGCCGUGGCAUCUCUAGGCGCCAUCCAUCAGAGCGGUGUCUUGCAUGGCGACAUCAAGGCAUCAAACAUCCUGAGCACGCCCACUUCUGUAUUCCUUGUUGAUUUUGAGCGCUCAAUUAUUGACCCCGACAAAGAUGCCCUGGAGACCGAAAUGUCGGCAUUGAAGCGGUUGCUUGGGAUGGAGAAGUAA